AUGGUGGGGAAGCUCAAAGUCGACGGCCGUCUCACGGGCCACCGGGGGUGCGUGAAUACCGUUGCUUUCUCCGAGCACGGAGACUUCUGUGUGACCGGGUCGGACGACACUUAUCUGAUGCUAUGGAAUGUAGCAGCGCAUGAAUGUCGGAUGAAGCACCUCAGUGGACACCAAGGCAACAUAUUUUGCGCGCGUUUCCUUCCUCACACUAACAAUACUGAGGUCGUGUCUGUGGCUGCCGACGGCCAAGUUCGAUGGAACUCCCUUGCCCGACCCUCCUCUCUGCUCCAUUGUCCUUGGAUCGUCUUGACACUACCCUUGUCAGGCAUCAGCAAGCAACUGGCUCGGCACAACGGUCGAGCCCAUCGGUUGGCAGUGACGGAGACGACCUCCUUCUUGACCUGUGGGGAGGACGGCCGCGUCCUGGGCUUCGACACGCGCGACGCACAUAAGCGUCACUUGCUGACCGUGACCACCCCUGAGGACGACGUGAUCCCACUCUACGCGUUGAGCUGCAGCCCGGUGGACGGUCAUUCCUUCGUGGUGGGAGGCACGUCGGUGUACAUGCAUCACUACGACGCUCGGCAUGUGCGUGAGCCGGUGGGCCGGUACGCACCCUUCCAUUUGCGGGACGACAAGGAUGGAGCAAGCAAGGCGAGGAAGCUCGUCAGCGACCACAUCACGGGCACGGCCUUCAAUUGGAACGGGAGAGAGGUCCUGGCGACGUACAACGACGAAUGCGUCUACUUGUUUCGGGUAGACCGCGAUGCUGCCCGAGGCGGGGCGGAGGGGGGGGGAGAACAGGUGCCCUGGGAAAGCAGCCAAGAUGGGUUGGUCUCUGAUCAUGGGGAGGAGAGGGCCGAGCACCGGCGUCCCAGCCAUAUGGGACCACGCGAGGCGGAGGAAGACGGGCAGGAGGAUGCCUCCCCGCGCGCGGGAGACUCUCCUGCCCUGCAUCCAUGUUCAGCGGCGUAUUCGAACCCACAAAAACGGAUGCGGCAACAGACAUCGACGCGGCAAACGAUGAGAGGAGAUGUACUGGAGGAGAAGCUGCGAGGAUAUACCCAGGUCUUCCGAGGGCACCGCAAUGACCACACAGUGAAGCAGGUGAACUUCUUUGGCGCCCGAAGCGAGUACGUUGUCUCCGGGUGCGACACGGGGCACAUAUUCAUGUGGGAAACUCAGAGCGGGGAGCUGGCGCAGUUGCUGUACGGGGACCGACGGGGGGCGGUAAACUGCCUCGAGACUCACCCCAACCUCCCCGUACUCGCGACAAGCGGUUUAGAGCACGACGUGAAAAUAUGGCGACCUACCAGAGGGUUGAGUGUGCGAAAAGGAGCGUUGAAGGCUCAUGGAGGGGAAAUGGCAGAGAAACUAGCCGAGCGGAAUGAAAAGGAGCGCAAGAAAGCUGCGCGCAUCUCGAAUUUUACAAGGUUCAUGAUGGGGAGGGCGCUGUCGAGUGUAUCGGGUGAGCGCGCGGGGAGCGGGUCGGAAGAAGAAGAUUCAGAGGAUGGAUUGGAAGGGGAAGAAGAAAGUGGUGACGGGCAAUCUUCUCGACAGGCUUGGAUGAUGGAUUACGCAAGGUUUUUGGUCGGCGGGGACGAGAGCAGCGAGGACGGAGAUGAGAGCGGGCUAGAAGGGGUGCUUGAGGACAGUACCGAUGUGUCGUCCUCGGAAAGUUCCCAUGAAAACGAUCAAAGCGAGAGUGGCAUGAGGAGCGGUGUCGAUGCUGAGGAUGGAGAUACGGAUGAUGGCUGA